AUGGGUCUUAAAAGUCGUCCAUCGAUAAUGCAAACAAUCCAUCGGGAAAGAUAUGUGCUGGAGCAAAAUGUGGAUGUCCCCCUUAAGACUACCGGCACGGGUGAUAUAAUCCGUGCAAACGUCUACCGACCAAAAGAUGAGGGUCAGUACCCAGUUAUAGUCACGUAUGGACCGUUGAGCUCUAACCGCCACUACAGAUUCCACCCGCAAUCUUUUGCAGAAGUAAAUGAAGCCCAAAAGUCCGAGGAUUCGGCAUGGGAGACUCCAGACCCGGGCUUUUGGACUUCUCAAGGAUAUGUUGUUGUCCGAGCUGAUGAGCGCGGCUGUGGCCAGUCGCCUGGUCUUCUGGACACGAUGAGUGCCGGAACAGCCGAUUGUUUCUCCGACCUAGUGGAAUGGGCGAGUGAGCAAUCCUGGAGCAAUGGGAAGGUUGGCCUCUUGGGCAUCAGUUACUAUGCUGGUUCUCAAUGGAGAGUCGCGGCGAAGCGACCAAAAGGCCUGGCGGCCAUGAUUCCCUGGGAGGCAGGAAUGUCCGACUACUAUCGGGAUCGUGUCCGUCACGGUGGUAUUCUAUCGAACACUUUCAUCAAGCGUUGGUGGACCCGUCAAGUACUUUCGAAUCAAUAUGGUCUGCCAGGAAGAGCUAAACGAAACUGGGGACCUGACACCAUCGAUGGAGAUCUGCCCGAGGACGAGCUUGCCCGUAAUCGACAGGACCAGACCGAGGACACUGCCAAAUAUAAAUUCAGGGACGAGCAAUAUUACUCUUCCAAGGAUUUUGAACUUGCAAGAAUUGAAGUACCACUCCUCAGUGUCGGCAACUGGGGAGGUAUAUUGUUACACUUACGUGGAAACGUGCUUGGCUACAUGAACGCCGGUUCGAAGUACAAGUACUUGCGCUUCAUCACCGGGAGGCACGACCUACCAUUCUACUAUGAACAGGAGGUGGCCUUGCAGUUGUCCUUCCUGAACGCCUUCCUCAAAGGCAAAGAUGACGCCGGCUGGGGUGUCCCUGGGAAACUCGCUCCUGUUGACUUGGUGUUGCGUCAGGGCUCCCCUGGCUACAACGAUGCCGCGGCUGAGCUAAAAACUUUCCCUCGUCGUUCUGAAAUGGAGUGGCCAAUUGCUCGCACAGUAUAUCGAAAAUGGCAUUUGACCAACGACAAAACACUGGAGCAAGCAAAUAACAAUGGCACGGGUUCCGUUAUUUCAUAUGAUGCUCCCAAAGGGACUGUUACGUUUGAGACGUCACGGUUUGCGCAAGAGACAGAAGUCACAGGCCAUCCAAUGGUCCGGCUGUCCAUGUCAGUAGGUUCCAAGAAUGGAUAUACUCCCACCGAAAUGGAUAUCUUUGCGACCCUUCGCCACGUUGGUCCGGACGGCAAUGAAAUAUUCUAUACAGGAACAACAGGCGAUCCGGUCCCGGUCAGCAAAGGUUGGCUCCGCACAUCCUUAAGGAAGGUUGAUUCAAGUCACCCGCAACACAAGGAAUACCUCCCGUAUCGCGCGUAUCUCUCCACCGAUGUCCAGACUGUCCAAGUUGGCGAGGUAUAUACUUUCGACGUGGAAAUCUGGCCCACUAACGUUGUGGUGUCGCCGGGAGGGAAACUACUCCUGGAACUCUCCAGUGGCGACACUCAAGGGUCUGGGAUUUUCGAGCAUAAUCACCCUGAGGAUCGAGCAGAACGGAAGCUCCAGGGAGUGAACAUUGUUCACCUUGGGCCAGGUUAUGAGAACUACCUCGUCCUCCCAGUUAUCCCGCAGAGGUAG